CGAACGGCUUUCUCCUUUUCCUCGUCCGGCUGUCAAAGUGCCAGAAAUACACGGGAAAAAGAAGAGCUCACUCAGGAGGAGGUGGAUCUUCUUUUGCAUGUCUGCUUUGGCUCAUCUCAAAGGAAAGAGACACUCGAGUCCGGCAUUGUGACAUAGCCAGGGUUCUGCUGCUUGGAUUUGCAAGAAGGAAUUGUUUCUCCUGGCGUUCAGCUCACCUGUGACCUUGCUUACCUGCAGAGAUUGGAUGAAGAAGGAAGAAUCGCUCACCUUGGGCCAUGGGCAAUGGCAUGAAUAAGGUAACAGGGGCAACUGGGGUUCUUCCUGGACUUUUCCUUGGAAACUUCAUUGAUGCCAAGGACUUUGAUCAGCUGAGCCGGCACAACAUCACCCACAUCAUUUCCAUCCAUGAAUCCCCGCAGCCGUAUAUUCCGGGGAUUACAUACCUCCGCAUUGUGCUUCCAGACACACCAGAAGCAAACAUCAAGAAGCACUUUAAGAAAUGCAUCCUCUUUAUCCACUCCUGCCGCCUGCGUGGAGGGAACUGCCUCGUCCAUUGCCUUGCUGGCAUCUCCCGCAGCACCACCUUGGUCCUGGCCUACAUCAUGACGGUGACGCAGGCCAGUUGGCGCGAAGCCCUGCAAGCGGUCAAGGCUGUCCGGCCAGUGGCCAACCCCAACCCGGGUUUCCGUCAACAGCUGGAGAAAUACGAGGGAAGCCGCUCCGAGCAGAAGAUCCGCCGGCGACUCGAGCGCAAGUAUGGCGAGAACCCCUUUAACGACGUGGAGGAAAUCGGGGCGCUGCUGACGACGGGCAAAAGGAGGGAGACCUUCAGGGAUGAAGACGCAACGCAGGCCGCGAUGCCCAAGAGCACAGGCGCCAAGCGCACUGAUCCAUUUCUCUUGCGCAUGAAAGAGACCUUCUUCUGCCUCCCGGGGUGCCUGAAAUGAGACCCUCCCAACGCACUCUGAGCAUGCGCAGAGGCUCGGCUCACCACAUCAGACUGGCCAAGGGUGCAACACCCCUGGCAAAGAGGUGCUCUGUCCAACGGAGAGAGGGUAAAAAUGUGAUAGAGGACACACUUUGGUUUCAUAAAGAAGGACACUAAUGGGUGACAGUGCCCAGCUUGCUUUGCCUGUCCGGUCUCAUUUUUGCAGAUUUAGGGGAAGGGGGGACCCAAGGGGUCAUCUAGUCUGACCUUGCAUCAAGUGCAGGAAUCCAUAGCUAACUUUCCCCACUUUUGCUGGCUAUCUAACCUUUACUUAAGCAGUCCUAUAUGGUAGUCCAAAAAUGGACAGCUUGUCCCAUUGGAAAGUCCUAAGGAAGUAACUUUUGGAAGAUUUAACAGCCCUAAAGAAAACUUAUUCUGAAGUCCCUUAAGACUCAGUAGGACAGCGUUCGAAGCCAUGCCAUGGAUUUCCCAAAAAGGAGAUCCUUGGGAAGGAAUUUAACCAAAGAAUCCUUAUGUACGUAGUUCUCACUUAGGAUCAAUAUUUUUGUUCCAGAGAAGGAUAGAUAUAUAAAAAGAAAGCCCAGGGAGACUGUUAUUGCAUGGCAAAGAGCAUCCUUCUUCAUUGUCUGUAUACUGUGUCUACAUUGUAGAAUUUAGUGCAGUUUGACACCAACUGCUAGGGCUUGGUGCGAUGGCAUCAAGGGAGUUGUAUGAGGGUUGAAUGAAAAGUAAUGCCUCCACCUUCGUAACUCCUCAAUGAAUUCAGUACUGGUAUGCAGCAAGUACUGGCUUGUUCAGUAGACUCUCCUCUACAGUUAGUUCCAUUUGGGGGGAAGCCUUAGCAUUGAACGGUUGUGUUGUUAAAGUGUGAAGUAUGGAACCCGUCAGUCAAUGCGACUUAAGCAACGUGCAGUCAUUGAAUUCUUGACAGCAGAAGGAGAUUCAUCAGAGAAUGCAAGCUGUUUAUGGGGAUUGUGUGGAUGUGAGUCCUGUGCGUUGUUGGGCAAGUGAGUUUAAAGAUGUUGAGGUGGGAACAUCUGACUUGUGUGACAAACAAAGAAUUAUUCCGUGACAGCCUCAAAAAAAUUGUUCAUCGUUGGCAGAAAUGUAUCCAAUUGUCUGGUGAUUAUGUGGAAAAGUGAAUUGUGGUAGUUAAAGACUGAGCAUAUUCUAAGGAUUAUUUCUGCGUUUGGUUUAUUAAAAUAUUCCCAUCCAAACCCAAGUAACGAAGGUGGAGGCAUUACUUUUCAUUCAACCCUCGUAGUUUUGCAAGGUCUUCCGCCUUGUCUUUGGUGUGGUACCCACACUCUUUGAAAGGAAUUCCUAGGAUUCCAUCGCAUAGAGCCAUGGCAGUUAAAGUGGUGUCAAGCAGCAUUCAUUCUACAGUGUAGAUGCACACCUGGAAGUCUUCUCUUUGCUGUGUUUUAGGCUUUCCUAAAAUGAAUGUGGUGUGAUGCAUUAAUGCUGUGGAAUUGUGGGAUUUGGUAGAGAAGGCUGACGACCUUGUAAAUCUACAACUCCCAUGGUUGUUAAAGUGGUGUCAAGUUCCCUUCCUUCUUCAGUGCGGAUGCUCCCUGAGCCGCUUUGCUUCCUCUUGCGAUGCCUAAACUACAUUUCCAGAUGCCCAAAGGGAAAGCAAUGCUCUCAUGCUGCCCUUCCUCCCAUGUAGCUGCAGCCUUUGACGGCAAUAUAGAGAAUUGUGCACAUGUGCCUGCAAGUGAGGAAGGUAUCAGAUUAGAAACCGAAAGCGAGCGUUAUCAGGGCAAACAGAGGCGUGGUGUUUGCACAGUCAUGUCCCUUCCUUGUCUGGGUUGGAAUCCACAAAGUCUUUCAUGCUUUCCUAAACACAAAUGUGUGUCUGGAUCUGUCCUGCCAUAUAGCUGCUGUUUGAAGCUGCAUUAUGCGGUCAGUGUAGACUCAUAUAGUGCAGUUCAAUGCAGGGGUUGUUGUUUUUGGUUCUGCAUAACUUUUCCAUCUGCACAUUGUUUACAUUUGUUUAGAGUCUUUAAGAAAACAAAGUGGAGGAAGAAAGAACAAACUUUCAGAGCAUGAAAAUGUGUAUAAAAGAGUGGCUUUGAUGGGGAAUUGUGAUACAGAUUUCAGGAAUUUAUUAGAGACAGAAAUGCAACAGGCCUGCAAUAGAAAUUCAAUGCAACCUUGAUUCAAACCAAGCUGGAAAUUGCACAUGUUUAAGGAUGAAUUCAGAGCCUCCGGUGGCUCAGUGUGUUAAAGCACUGAGCUGCUGAACUUGCAGACCGAAAGGUCCCAGGUUCAAACCCGGGGAGCAGAGUGAGCGCCCGCUGUUAGCUCCAGCUUCUGCCAACCUAGCAGUUCGAAAACGUGCCAAUGUGAGUAGAUCAAUAGGUACCGCUCCAGCGGGAAGGUAACGGCAUUCCAUGCAGUCAUGCCGGCCACAUGACCUUGGAGGUGUCUACGGACAAUGCUGGCUCUUCACUUAGAAAUGGAGAUGAGCACUAACCCUCAGAGUUGGACACGACUGGACUUAACGUCAGGGGAAACCUUUACCUUUACUAAGGAUGAAUUCACAUUGUUGCAGUUUCUGCAUUGCUUUAACUACCCCAGAUCCAUUCUGUGAAGUGCUGGGAUUUGUAGUUUGUUGUGGCCUCAGGACUCCCAGAUAGAGAUACUGCAAAACUACAAAUCCCAGGAUUCCAUAGAAUGGAGCCAUAGCAGUUAAUGUGUCAAAAUGAUAUAAUUUUGCAAUGGAGAUAUACUUUAAGACUUGAAUCCACACUGCGCAACUGUAGCAGUUUGGCACUUCUUGAACUGCCAUGGAAUCCUGGUCUAUGUAGUUUGCUGUGGUCCCAGCACCUUGGGACACAGAACGGUUAAUAUCUCACAAACCUACAACUCCAAAGUGGUGUCAAACUGCUAUAAUUCUGCAGUGUAGACGUCCAAAGUUUUCUGGCACAAAGGACUGGACAUCCGCAUUCAGUGCAAGGAGGGUUGGACCCAAAGGAUCAGCAUUCUUGGAGACCAGCAUUUCCUCAUCGUCAUUGGCCAGAAUUCUUUACCUUGAGCAACUCGACACCUACUUUGCUUCCUGCUCUUGGGCUUAGGGCUGGAUAUUUCAGUCCUACUCAGACAUUACUACUAAUGUCUGAGUAGGACUGAAAUAUCCAGCCCUAAGCCCAAGAGCAGGAAGCAAAGACACAAUAGAAAUACAUUUUGGCUGAAGGACCUACCAAGCCCAGCACAGUUUUCAGUCUGGUUUAUAGCACCGAACAAGACAGAUAAAAGUUUCUCCCAAGCAUCAGUAUUUUAUAGAAAUUCAGAACCAAGCAGAAGAAGAAAAUGUGCACAAGAGCUAUAUCUAAUGCAUAUGUGGCUGGCCAUCCUUAUCUGCAGCACAGAAUGUCUCCAAAGCUUGUUUGUUGUUUAAGAGGAUGUUCUCAGGGUCUGGCACUGGAUGUCGCCAUAACUUCUGGUUGAUGGGCACAUGUCAUUUAUAGCAAAGCACAAAAUGACAAAGCUUGGCAAACAAUGCAGACGAUGUAGGAGAUGUCAGCUAUUGUCAAAAUAGGCUUCAUUAGGCUCACAAAAAUGGAUCAGUAUGCCGCUGAAUCUUUAAUUCUUAUUUCACACCAACAGUCUCAGAAGGGAGUAAGGAACAAUUAGUAUUUAUUUACAAAGACAGCACUUCCAUACUGUGGUCUUUCUACCAUUAAGAUCAUUCCUAGUUGUUUCCGUUGUUUAUCCCUGUGUUUCCUGGACACACAGCACAUCACAUUUCUUAUCUCAACACAGUUCAUAAAGCAGCUGUUCUUUGGCAGCUGACAUGCCUUUGAUGUGAAUUGAGAUUAUUGUCAUGGUUGUUUCCUGAAAAUAUCCGAUUGUUUGGUUGCAUACUGCAAGUUGUUGUCGAAGGCUUUCAUGGCCGGGAUCACAGGGUUGUUGUAUGUUUUCCGGGCUGUAUGGCCAUGUUCCAGGAGCAUUCUCUCCUGACAUUUCGCCCACAUCUAUGGCAGGCAUCCUCACAACCUCUGAGGAUUCCUGCCAUAGAUGUGGGCGAAACAUCAGGAGAGAAUACUUCUGGAACAUGGCCAUACAGCCCAGAAAACACACAACAACCCAAUACUGCAAGUUGCUUCUGGUGUUAGAGAAUCAGCUGUCUACAAAGAUGUUGCCUAAUGAACGUCCAAAUGCGUUACUUUUCUGCGGGGAGGCUUCUCUCAUAUGCCCCAGGAACUAUUAGUAAAUUGCAAAGAUGUGUAAUGGUAUAAUAGCAAAAGUGCUUCAACAUGCUUUGGGCUGUUCAUUGCUAUGUGCGCACAUCACAUAGCAUGCCUAUCCAGUGUCCCAGUGUUUAUCAAGAGCGGGCAAUGUGCAUGCUGCUUGAUUGACAUGGAUGCCAACAGGCAUUGAUUUUGUUGUGUAAUGUUUGAAGGCAUAUGUCCUUAUUCUGGAUUCAGUGAUCUCUAGCAUUGGAACUGUUUUGUGAUAUUUAGGGUACGUUUACAUUGUAGAAUGAAUGCAGUUUGGCACCACUUUAGUUGCGAUCACUCAAUGCUAUGGAAUUCCAGGAGUUGUAGUUUGGAGAAGCAACAACACCUUAUAAAAUUGUAACUCCCUGGAUCCUAUAGCAUUGAGCCAUGGCAGUUAAAGUGAGAUCAAACUGCAUUAUUUCUGCAGUGCAGAUGCACCCUUGGUCAGACCAAAUUAAUAUCCUUCUUUGCCCUUCUCAGAAAUUUGGAACAUUACCACACCUCCCAUUGCUUUUUGGAUAACAGACUAAUAUUAAUCCACGAUCCUGUAACAGGACUUUUUCCUUAGUGUUAACAACAUGACUAAAGAGGCUUAAAAGGCAGAACAAUUAUUUGUAGCUCUGAUCCCAGAGAUAACCAGUGAUAUUUAUUUUUUAUAAACAGAAAAAAAUGCUGUUAAAUAAUUAAAAUAUGCUUAAAUACUAUAGAA